UGAGAACUUGCAACUUGCAAAACAGUUUUACAGUGUUCUGAAAUUUGUGUAGAACAUUCAAAAGUUAUACUGGGAAUUUGGUGGAUGACUUAACUCGAAGCAGCAGUUGCAAUCAACUCGAGACAUUUAGGUCUGACUUAAUAUAAGAACUUCAUGACACUUGAUGGAACGUUAGACAGAAACAUUAGGCUUGAAAGUGAUAGUAUUAUAUAAAACUCUUAAGACUAAAAGUGAAACUUCAAAAUAAUUCUUUUUAAACAAUAGCUAACCAAACUUCAGACGAAUCUGAAAUUAAUCUCGAAUCAGCUAUGCUUUAAAAAAAUAAAAAAUUAUGAAUUAUAUACAGGUUAAAUAGAGGUCUUAAGGGUGCGGCUUAAUGAUUCAAUGAAGUUGGGUUGAGUAUGAUGAGGUCUCAAAUUCAAUUCCCAACAGAGACAAAUACUAGAUGAUUUCUUUCCAUUUGUUGUAGCCUUGAUGGACAGAGUUACCUGAUACCUACCUGUUGUCGGUGGGAAUAUCUAUGCAUUUCUUAAACGUUUACAUAAAAAAGAGACUUUUAGAUACUAAGUACUUGGUAUCUAAAACAAAAUUGGGAGAUUAGAAAUAAUAAUAUGUGAAGUAUUUAUUUGACCAUGUAAUAGUUGGCAGAGGAUAAUAUUAUUGAAAAAAGUAGUUAAAGAAUGUAGAACGAUAUGUCCGAAUAACCGUUGGGUGGUUUUCUAUUUGGUUGCUGAAACAUCGGACCUUUCUUCAUUCAAACAUUUAUGCUUUCUACCUUUUUUUCACUUCACAAAUUGCAUGCCAUUAUUAUCCUAUUUUCCUAUCAUACGGUUUUUAUCACAUUGUUGUUGUUUUUUUCUUGCUUAUGGGCAAUGGAAUGUAUUAUUACUAUCUCUUCUUCUCUUCAAAUUUCAAAUUUUAAGGAAUAUAUCUCAAAACUUUGACGUUUUCAAUUCAGUGCUUUUGUCGAUUUGCUUCCGUCUUCUCUACCUUUAACAAUAUUCAGUAAGCAUGUCAUCCAAAAAGUUGCAAGGAGCUGAAUUGACUUUGUCACCUGCAGAACAGCAAGCUAAGAUCAAUGAGGUUAGAAAGCUGAUUGGUCCUGCUGUUGACAAGUUUCCAGCAAUGUGUUCGGAUGCAUCAAUUCUAAGAUUUCUCAGGGCACGGAAUUGGCAUACAAAAAGAUCAGCCAAGUUGCUAAAAGAAACACUGAUAUGGAGACUUGAAACCAAACCAGAUAUGAUCCGUUGGGAUGAUAUUGCUCAACAAGCAGAAACUGGAAAAGUUUACAAAGCCGAUUACUUUGACAAGUAUGGAAGGACUGUGCUUGUGAUGAAGCCUGGAGUACCGAAUUCUUAUUCAGUAGAGACGCAAAUGAGAUAUUUAGUCUAUUGCAUGGAGAACGCCAUACUGGAUCUAAAACCGCGCCAGGAGCGAAUGGUUUGGUUGAUUGACUUUGAAGGGUGGAACAUGUCAAGUAUAUCAGUGAAGGUGACUAGGGAAACAGCACGCGUGCUGCAAGAUCGUUAUCCAGAGAGGCUAGGCCUUGCAAUCCUUUAUAAUCCACCAAAAGUUUUCGAGUCCUUCUGGAUUAUGGUAAAACCAUUUCUUGAGAAGAGGACAUACAAGAAAGUGAAGUUUGUGUAUCCAAAUGCUGCAGAUACUCAAAAAGUAAUGGAAGAUCUGUUCGAUAUGGACAAGCUUGAAUCCUCAUUCGGAGGGAAAUGGACACAAGGUUUUGACUUUGUCGCUUACUCCAAACGCAUGAGAGAGGGGGAUGACAAGAUGACUGAUUUUGUUAUUUCUGGUGCUCCGUUGCCCUCUGACCAAAACGUGACAGCUGAGACACGACAAUCCUCAGCGCCAGACAAUAGUUUAGAGUUGUCCGAAGAUGGUAUAUCGUCCACUGAUGAAACAGCAUUGAAUUUGGAAAGUUCAGACGAGACUGAAGAUUGGCAUAUGAGUUGUAAGAACGAGAUCAAAGUUGAUCCAAAUGCUUCAAAUUCAAAACAGAUGAAACAAAGCAAGUAGACAUGAGAAACAACUAACUACUAUAUGCAAAUUGUUGUAAGAUUAUGCAAUUAUACCAUAGCUAGCAACUUCAACAUGGAAUGUAUAUUGGUUGUCUGUUAUUUACUCAUGUUCAAUAAGUUGUUUUAGUUUUUGGCACAUACUAACAUUUUUGUAACAUAAUGUUAAUAUAAAGAGUCUCCAUUUGCUUUUCAA